UCUUCCCCAAAACACAACCUAUGUUGCUAUAAGGAAUCAAUUGAUUCCUUCUGGUGCAGAACUCAAUUUCCACCUUCAUCUUUCCAUUUUCUUCCUUCAAAUCUUCAUUUCAGAAAUCCCCUUUUCUUUAUGAUCCGGAAUCAAAAUAUAUACCUUUUUACCAUAGAAAUGCUUUUAAAAUGAAGUCUAGCUAGGCUUGAGAACGGUGAUGAUAAUGAUCAGUUGUCUACUGUUAUUCGAACUCUAUGUCGCUAAUCUGUGGCUGUGGCGGAGAGAAAUAACAAGGUUUGAAACUCGUUCUUUUUUGUCUUCGAAUGCUAUUAUGGCGAAAGGUCGGAGGUUAACCACGAGCAGAAGCGAGAGGUAUUUGGGGAGUUACGGCUACGGUAACGGCCAAGGGGCGAACGUGACCGACGUGUCGGAGCUUGGAGAGGAAGAUGUGUGGUCGACGGUUGACGAUGUUUCAGACAGAAACGACCCGGUGGUCGUUAGUAACAAUAAUUCUCAAAGCGAAUGGAGUCCACGCGCUUCGGUUGAGAGUAACGGGAGUUGUCGGCACCGUCGAAUACCACGUGACGACCGCCAAGUGGGAGGGUUGUCCCUGGCCUUCGAAACGGUGUCCUCACAGAGAAUUGUACACCAGUUAAGAGGCGGGAGUGACACCGUGGCUGCAUCCCCACGUGGGCAUCAAAUGGCCACGUCAGCACCUGUGAACGUCCCGGAUUGGAGUAAGAUUUACCGGGUUGACUCCGUCGAGUCAUUGCACGACUCGGACGACGGGUUGGAAGAUCGUGACUCAGAGAUGAUCCCCCCACACGAGUACCUGGCUCGGAGCCGCAGAACGGCCGGGGCUUCGGUUUUCGAGGGCGUGGGACGGACCCUCAAGGGACGCGACUUAAGGCGCGUGAGAGACGCAGUGUGGAGCCAAACCGGAUUUAAUGGUUAAGUAAUUGAUUGAUUAUUAUAAUAUUAUAAUUAUCCAUUAAAAAUACAUUUUAUAUUUUUUCUUGAGCAAUGAUUCCGUUGAGUUGGACUCGGAAGCUAAGUUAAACUCAGCAACGACUGAGCUCAAGCCUGCUAUAUGAAGUGACAACAAAAGGGUGUUUUUUGCGGUGGCGGAGGGUGGCGGUGGCGGCUAAAUUUCAUAACCAGAUCUUGUCUUUAGGCAGGAGCUCUCUCUUCUCAACUUACAUUUCAUGAAUUAUUAUAGUCUUUGUUUCAGAUUGUGGUAGUUUAAUGUAAUUGUUUUGCUGUAAAGACAAGCUGUGGGUCA